UCUGCAUGCAGCUUCUCCUCUCUUCUCCAACACAUGACACUUUCAAACCCUGCAACAACAACAAACAUUUUUUUUGUUAUUUGGAAUUUCUUCUUCUUGGGGAACUCUCUCUGAUGCUCCGUGUCUGACUUGUGUGUCCCUUUUUUAAGGUUGUUUUUUUUCUUUUUCUUUUUUUUUCUCCCUGAAGAUCUGUUGAGGAAGAGGCGGACAGUGUGAGCAGGAGACAAACGGGAGGGAAGAGCACAGCUGCCGCCGUCUUGAGGAGAAAAUACAAAUAAAGAUAAAGAAGGCAGCUGACGUCCCACCUGAGAGACGUCACGCGUCCUCUGAGGUGACGCACGCCGACAGAGGAGCCGCGCCGUGACCCAGACAAGACCUUCUCUUCUUCACCAUGCUGGAUUCAACUCUCUUCCCAGAUUCAAGCAACCUGCGCCGGAAGAGCAACUUUGUCCCCGGCUAGACAUGACCAAAGGAAACCAUCUCAACUUGUGACAACCUCGUCCUCCUCCUCCUCCUCCUCCUUCUUCUUCCUCUACCCUUACUUUCACUUCUGCUCGGAACUCUCAGCAGAUCCUCAUCUCCACCUCCUCCUCACUAUGUUGAUACCAGCUGUGCUCCUAUGGAUUCUUAAUGCCAGCAACUUGUGCUCAGGACAGGACUACAUGGACUACUACCCAUCCAAGGACAUGGGCACCCAGGCUCCAGUGAUGUCAGAUGACCCGACCAGUCUACAGAGUGUGACGAGUGUGGAUCAGCUACUACAGCUUCUUUAUCCGGAAUAUAAUCUGCUUCAACAGUGCCUGAGGAAAAAGUCGUGGCCUGGCACUUCCUCCUCUUUUCCCACAUCCUCAUCAAGCCUGGCCGUGCAUCCUAGCCAUGACAAUCGAUGGGUGCAGCUAAGAGAAGAUGCUCUUUUUAAGGUGGACGGCACUCUUGGAGUCAUCCUAGAGGAGAUCCAGCGCACCUCAUGCCAGCCGAGGGAGGUGUGCAUUGAGGUCACCAAAGAAUACCCAGAAUCCACCAGUCAGUUCUACCUCCCCCGCUGUGUGGCGCUGCAUCGCUGCGGGGGAUGCUGCACCAACGAAGCAGUUUACUGCGCCAACACGAGUCACACGCUUGUCAACAAGACGCUGAUGGAGCUGUCGCCACCCAGGAUGGAGCGCUCCGUUGUCAUGGUGACCUUUGUCAACCACACGGCGUGCGAGUGCGUCCCGAAGCGGCCGCUUCACUCCAUCAUUAGACGAGCUGCAACAGAUCACCUGUGUUCCCCUCCCACCGUCCCCUGUGUUCCAGGGUUCCUGUGGGAUCCUGUGAACUGCAUGUGCGUCUCCACAGAUGCCAUUAACUACUCUGCGAAGGAGACGGAGGCUCUGGACUCAGGGCUGCUGGCUCUAUGUGGCCCCAACAGGGUUCUGAAGGAGUCCAGCUGCGAGUGCAUCUGUCGAAACGGGCUCACUGAGGCCAGCUGCGGUUCGGGCUGGAAACUGGACCACAACACAUGUGAAUGUCAGUGCGAAGGCCAAGUUGAUGGGAAGUGGUGCCCCAACGGCCAGCGGUGGGACGAGGAGCUGUGUGGCUGCGUGUGCGCUGCCCAGUGUCCAGGGAAUCAACCCCUUAACCCGGACACCUGCCUGUGUCAGUGCAGGGAGAGUCCCCAGUCAUGUCUGAGGCAGGGCAAGAGGUUCAACCCCAACACCUGCAGUUGCUAUAGGUUACCUUGCAGGACGCCCAGACGUGCCUGCCUGUCUGGCUUUUACUACAGCCACCAAGUCUGCCAGUGCAUUCCCAACUAUAUGAAACCUGAGUGGAAUUAGCCAAUCACAGAAGAGCAGGCGUGAACGUCUGCAGGGAGAGAGAGCCCUCCAUGGGUGCUAAACCUUGGGAAACUUGUGGCCUGAUACAAGAACGCGACAAGGAGGUGGAGCAAACAAAUGAACACUUAUUGGAUUACAACACACCUAACAAUGCUUCCGGACACUGGGAAAAUGUUUUGUCCCUUGGGAGGAUGGAGUAAGAUCAGUGAAAAGAGGAGGAAAUGAGAUAUGGGUCUCACAGUGUCCAUGCACGGUUUCUCGUCCUGGAGAAGUGUCAGGAGGGCAUACAGGACCAAUCUGCUUUCCCGGCCAGUGUCGACGCCUGCUGUAACGUGCUGGAGCAAGCACGCCCUCAACGCACUCCUUGAAAUGGAAAGUGGAAGAACAUAAUGACAGAGCAGACUGAAGAUGAAAUGAGCUCAAGGCAACUAUGCUGCGAGCUGUGAGAUGGAAGCAUUUUGACUUAGACCAGAUAUGACACUGCCGCCUGAGCAUGAACAUGACAGUACCAAGAUUCCGUCACUUUGUAGUCUAUAAACUGUCCAUCUCAGUUAUAAUCUCAUACUUAGUCACUACAAACAGGUAUAUCCGUUAUACUCUUAAUUUAAAUGCUCCUAAGCAAUAUUACAUGUAAAUAUCCAAUUUCUCCAUAUUUAAAACACUGCCAUUUACAAGAUGGAAGUAUCCAUAGUUGUAAAAUACUGUAUUUAAAUGCAACACAACUCAAGUUGUUUUAAUAAUUCCCCUAAACUGAAUGUUUGUUGCUGCCAACACACUAAAUGGUUGGGCUUAAGUCUACCACAAAACUUUAAUGAUGCUUGGUAUGCUAGUACUUAAUAUUUGAAGGUAUGAGAUGUUUUGAAGUACUUUUUUUUUCAAUUAAAUGAUCUA